UCAUAGCCAUUUUCAUUAGCGUCAAUCAACCAAUAAGAGAAUACCUUAUCCUAUCCCUUAUCUCACACCAAACCCAUUUCUCCCCACACAAAAAAGAAAACACCUCCAUUUCUUAUUAUUGAUAAGGAAUCCAUUUCCACAAGAUCAACAAAGCUAGUGAAGUGAACCAUGGCAGCCUCACUACAAGCAGCAGCCACACUCAUGCAACCCACCAAGGUGGGCGCACCAGCUAGGACCAGCCUGCAGCUCAGGUCUUCUCAGAGCGUCUCAAAGGCUUUUGGGUUGGAGCCAACUUCUGCUAGGAUCACUUGCUCCUUGCAAUCUGACCUCAAGGACUUGGCUCAGAAGUGUGUUGAUGUUACUAAGAUUGCUGGAUUUGCUCUUGCUACAUCUGCUCUUGUCGUCUCUGGAGCAAGUGCUGAGGGAGUCCCCAAGAGGCUAACGUAUGAUGAAAUCCAAAGCAAGACAUAUUUGGAAGUAAAGGGAACUGGUACUGCUAACCAGUGCCCAACAAUUGAAGGUGGCGUCGACAAAUUUGCAUUCAAGCCUGGAAAAUACACCGCCAAGAAGUUCUGCUUAGAGCCCACUUCAUUCACUGUCAAGGCAGAAGGUGUAAGCAAGAAUUCUCCACCUGAGUUCCAAAACACUAAGCUCAUGACUCGCUUGACCUACACUCUCGACGAGAUUGAGGGACCUUUCGAAGUCUCCCCUGAUGGAACUGUCAAGUUUGAGGAGAAAGAUGGGAUUGAUUACGCUGCUGUGACCGUACAGCUUCCUGGUGGUGAACGUGUGCCUUUCCUUUUCACCAUCAAACAGUUGGUGGCAACAGGUAAACCGGAGAACUUUGGAGGAGAAUUUCUCGUACCGUCCUACCGUGGUUCAUCUUUCUUGGACCCAAAGGGAAGAGGUGGCUCAACUGGUUAUGACAAUGCCGUUGCCUUGCCAGCCGGAGGCAGAGGAGAUGAGGAGGAGCUAGCCAAGGAGAACAAUAAGAAUGUUUCGUCAUCAACAGGGAAAAUCACCUUGAGUGUCACCGGAUCAAAACCUGAGACUGGAGAGAUUAUUGGAGUGUUUGAGAGUAUUCAGCCAUCUGAUACUGAUUUGGGAGCAAAAACUCCAAAAGAUGUGAAGAUCCAGGGCAUCUGGUAUGCUCAUCUUGAGUCAUAAAUCUCUAUUUCUUCUAUGAAUUUGUGUAUUUAUAUUCAUGGUUGAGAUUUUGCUAAAUAUUGAAGGUGUUGCUAAAACUCUUCAGUGACCCAAUUUAGAUGCUCAAAGACUAAUGUCUUGUAUGUUAAUUAAUGUUAUCUUCCCUGCUUGAAAUAA